CAUCUGAAGGGAAAUGAAGAAGCGACGGCGUGCAGGUCAGCAGGCUCUGUCAUCAAACUUCUGUUCGGCAGCACGGAGCAUGCGUUGCGCCCCAGAAUGCCUUACGGGGACCUGAACGCGACUGACCGCAUGUUCGUAAGGGCCAUGUCUGUACCUGCUCGUCGACGGUCGUAUUCAAUGGCGAGGACGUCCCUCUCCCAUGAUGAACAAUGUGGGCGAUGUCCACACGUCAAAAACGGCAACACCCAUGCAUCUCUAACCCACUCAAAGCAGCCCGCCAAUUUUGCUGCGAAAUGAGCUGACCGGUGUCUCGUUCUGACACCGCCACCUUC